GUCUCAAGCUUUCUUUGGCUUUCAUCAAUGGAGAAAAGCAAGAAUCCUUGUUGCAUAGCUGUUGUUCUCCUUCUGGUAGUGGGUUAUGUUUCUGGGGUGUUGGAUUCAUGGGAAGAAGCAGGUUAUGUGUCUGGGGUAGGAGAUCCGGGGAUGAAAAGAGAUGGGCUGAGGUUGGCGAUAGAGUCCUGGAAUCAGUGUAAUGAAGUUGGUGAUGAGACUCCUAACAUGGGCAGCCCUAGAGCUGCUGAUUGCUUCGAUGUAUAUAAAUCUGCGCAACUGCUGAAUACACAGAAGAAGUGCUCAGUCUGCAAUGCCAUACCAUACUUGUUAGUCCACAGAGUCACAGAGGAAGACAACAAGCUAGGAGUGGGACAACCUUUUCUUGGAGUGCAACCACAGCCUGGUACCAAUGUAGACCUUUACGCAGCAAAAAAAGAAAUUUAUUUGGGUUCUAAAUGCCAAGUUGAAGACACCCCAAAACCAUGGCAGUUCUGGAUGAUCAUGCUUAAGAGUGGGAACAUGGACACUUAUGCUGCCAAGUGCCCUAAAAAUGGCCAUAAAGUAGGACCCUAUGGCCCAGAUGAUCGGUUCCCUUGUUUUGGCGAAGGAUGCAUGAACCAUCCACUGAUUUACCACAAUUACACCACCCUGAGAGGGUCUACCAUGAAGGGAAGAUUUUACGGGUCAUGGGACUUGGAUGCUGAUUUGAGUAAAGGAAUGGUGGGCAACAUCUCUUACCACUCUGUGACUUGGGAGAAGCAACUUGGGGAGGGAAGUUGGGUUUUCCACCAUGUCUUGAGAACUUCAACAAAGUAUCCAUGGCUAAUGCUUUACUUGAGAUCCGAUGCCACCACUGGAUUCUCUGGUGGUUACCAUUACCCUACGAGAGGCAUGUCAAAAAUUAUUCCAGAAUCACCAUAUUUUAAAGUGACGUUCACCUUGAAUGUGAUUCAAGGUGGUGGUCCAAGCAGCCAAUUCUACUUAAUGGACAUAGGAAGCUGCUGGAAGAACAAUGGCCAGCCUUGCGAUGGCAAUGUAACAUCAGAUGUAACUCGAUACAGUGAAAUGAUAAUAAAUCCUAACAAAAGUGCAUUGUGCCGUCCAGACAACCUAAAUGUAUGCCCACCCUACCACACAUUCCCUAAUGGGACGCGGGUCCAUCGCAAUGACACCGCUCGCUACCCUUACGCAGCCUAUUAUUUCUAUUGCUCUCCUGGGAACGGACAGCACCUUGAAGAGCCUUAUCAUCUGUGUGACCCAUUCAGCAACCCUCAGCCUCAAGAGUUAUUGCAAAUUCUGCCACACCCCGUUUGGGGUGACUAUGGCUACCCUACCAAACAAGGGGAGGGCUGGAUUGGAGAUUCCAGGACAUGGGAACUUGAUGUGGGAAGGUUGUCCCAGUCACUUUACUUUUACCAGGAUUCAGGGACCCCACCAGCUCGAAGGCUAUGGAUGUCUGUUGAUCUGGGGACUGAAAUUUACAAAGAUGCUGAUCAGAUUGCUGAAUGGACAGUCAGCGACUUUGACAUCUUGGUGCCAGCCAACCCGAAGUGAAUGAAUGUUUGGAUUAAGUCUGAAAUUAGCAUUUAAGUCAGUAGAUUUCUUUUAGCUUGCUAUAUGUAAGAUUAUAAUUUGGAUUCUGUUUUCACGACUGAUAGUAACAUUUUUUGUGAUAUGAAAAUUAUAGUACAAGUUGGUGC